AUGAUGUUGGUGAUGGUGAACAUGAAGAGAAUGAGGAAUCUGUCCUUGAAAACUGAGUUAGGAGAUGAUUUUCCCUAUGAAACUUAUUAUUAUUUUACUAUUAUUGUGGCAAUAGCUGGUGAUUGGUUGCAGGGUCCCUGUGUCUACUACCUCUACAGCACGUAUGGUUUUGGAAAAGGAGAGAUUGGACAGCUUUUUAUUGCUGGUUUUGGUUCCUCCAUGUUGUUUGGAACAAUUGUUGGAUCUCUAGCUGAUAAACAAGGUCGGAAAAAGGCUUGUGUUAUUUACUGCAUAACUUACGUAUUGAGCUGUAUCACCAAACAUUCACCCAAUACCAAAUUUAAUGGUGGGACGCAUAUUGGGAGGAAUUGCAACAUCUCUUAUAGAGGUUUUGAUCAACAAUGGCUUUCAAUUACCUUUUCCAAGGCAAUAUUCCUUGGCAAUGGCCUCGUUGCCAUUAUGUCUAGGUUAUUUGGAAAUUUACUAGUUGAUACAUUUUCCCUUGGACCUGCUGCUCCAUUUGAUGCUGCUGCAAUUUUUCUUGCAAUUGGUAUGACAGUAAUAUUGUCAUCCUGGACUGAAAAUUAUGGUGACCCAUCAGAAAACAAGGAUUUGCUUACCUAG